UAAAUAAAUAAGAAGUCCUCUACACGUUGUGUCUUGGAAGUUGCUCACUACAUUUGGAGUCAGAAGUGCUUGGAAAAAGGAAGAAUGUCCAACCAUCUUCCGACGAGGAAGAAAAUUACACGCAGAGCCCCCCGGCAGCCCCGGGAACUGCAGUCCCAGUCACCAACACCGCGGCUGGAGGAUUGGCUGCGGCAGAGGCGGGGGAGAUGGGAGCAAUCUUCCCGCAGCCGCAGCCCGAAGACGGAUGGCACAAGGUGACUGCGCAGCUUGCGCUCCUGCGGGCGAUGGUCUCGCAGCUUGUAACGCUGCAUGGACCUCGCCGGAGAGAAGGGAACAGGCGCCAUUGAUCGGCGUUCCGGCGGAAACGUCCACGGGUGCGGUGGCCGCCAUUACAUGUGGCGUGAGGACACGCGGUCGGCGGCCCGCCAUUAUGCAACACACGGGAGAAACACGUCCGGGAGAUGCCAUUAUGCACUGUGCGGGAGAAACACGCAGGAGGCCGCCAUUUUACGACACGGGCGUGAAUCGCUAAAAGCGACUCCCGCUACAGAAAAAUGUGAAAAAGGGACUGAUCAGACCCGCUGAUUACCUCCUGUCAUGGAAUUCGUCGCUGCAGGGGGUGACUGGAGCACUUUUACCUGGCAUUUUGAAGCGGAUUUCCGGUCAGUGAACUGGACCGAAGAGGAGGCAUUGAGGGCUCUGCCGACAACGUUGGACAACGACGCCCUCACAGCGUUCCGAGCCAUCCCCACUGAGAAAAAUACCACUCUUCAAGGGGCAUAUGCCAAGAUGGCGGAGGUGUACAAGCCGGGACUAGCUGCACAAGGGUGGCCUAGCUCAGGUGCUGAGCACGGGCCCCAAAACGUCAAGCGGUCAGCAACAAACAGCACCGUCAGAGUGCUGGCUACGAGGGUAGGGGAAUGCAAUGGAGAUGGGCGUGGCUCUGCUGGUGAUGGUCGUCCUGAUGGUGGGAGCUGCGUGGAGCCAUGGGACUUCCAUCUUCAAUGGCUGCCAGAUAAGAGGAGUCAGAGCCGACUGCUCACGCCUGCGCCUGCAAUCUGUGCCUGAAUACCUCCCAGUCACCAUAACCUCUCUGGACCUGUCCUACAACGAGAUCUCUAGCAUUCAGAGAGAGCACCUGUCAGCACUUUUACAGCUAAAAUCUCUCAAUGUGGCCUUCAACCAAAUAUCAAGCAUUGACCCCUGGGUUUUCUUAAACAACUCUGCUUUAGAAGACAUUGACCUGAGUAAUAACAGAUUACCAGGGGCGUGGGAUGACUCCUUUGCUGUUCUCAAGUCUGUAAGAUCUCUGGACGUUAGAAACAACUCCUAUAAUUCUUUACAUAUUCCAGGUUCCUUCACAUCUCUCAAGACUCUGUAUCAUCUAAAGGUUGGGGGUGCGAAUGUCACCGAAAUGUACCAAAGUGUCAGCAAGACAAUGGAACUGGAACAUCUCUCCAUUGUGACUGGAGACCUGACCAUCUACACUAGAGGUUCUCUGUCGGCAUUCCACAGUCUAAAGAGUGUUACUCUGGCCUUAACCAUGCACACAAACAUUGAGCUGCUCACUGACAUCAUCUGUGAUGUCUCCUGUAACAGUGUGGAGUUGCAAUUGGAAUUCCUUAAUUUUACUGAUUACUCUCGUGAUGUAAACCCUUUUCAAUGUAUUUCAAAGCCACAGAGCAUGGUAGAAGUGUUAACUAUAUCACAUACCUGCGUCGAAGAUUCUGCUGCCAAAUUUCUGGUAAAUGAAGUAAUAGAAUCUACGAAACUAAGAUGUUUGAAUUUACGACACAUUGAAUAUGAAGGCUAUGGUUAUUUUGCUUUAAAGGAUAGUUUAAAAUCUGCUCCCAAUGUACGGCAUAUAUUUAUUGAAAACUUUAAUAUCAAAGUAUUUAAUUCGUUUUAUGCACUUCUAAAUCUCAAACCUUUCUUAAUUAACGUUCAAUCAUUGGUCUUAAAUUUUGUACACCUCUAUUACUUUCCUUGUGAAGUUUUAAGUGGCCUAACAAGUAUCGUUACCCUUGACAUUUCGGGUAAUUUGUUGACAGAAUAUACUUCAUUCCUGACAUGCUCUAAUGUACGACUACCUUACCUUAUGGAACUAAUUUUUAGGAAAAACCAUUUGACUCAUAUACAGAAUGUCGGUGCCAUGUUAAUAAGUUGUCCCUCUUUGAAACUGCUUGAUGUUUCUGAAAAUCAGAUCGUCAGUGAAUGGAGUUCUAAUUGCAAGUGGCCUUCGAAUUUACAAGUUUUCAACAUCUCGUCCAAUUUACUGACAGAUGACGUGUUUGACUGCUUGCCCACCUCACUGCAGUCGCUCGACGUGAGCAACAAUAAGAUCCAAAACGUUAACAAUAAAUUGAUGAAGUUUAAAAACCUAAAAGAGCUGCACUUGAGUAACAACAAGAUUAAUACCAUCCCAGUGGAGUUGCUCCAGGCAUUGCCCUGGCUGAAGGUGCUGACGAUCGCCGGAAACAUAUUGUGGACAGUGGAGCCCUCUGUCCUGCACCAUCUGGGUAAUCUCACCCUGCUGGACAUGAGGGGAAACCCAUUCUAUUGCACGUGCAACAUCCGCCACUUUGUCACUUUCUGUGAGAAUUCCUCACCAUUGCGCAUUGAAGGAUGGCCAGCUGAAUAUCACUGCUCCAAUCCAGAGAAUGAAGUUGGUAAACAGCUGUCCUCGGUCUCCUACCCCACACUCUACUGUGACACAACAAUGAAGAGCGUGAUAGCUUGUGUUACCACAUUCGUGUGCACUGCUCUCCUGGUCGGGCUCUGUUGGUACCUGGAUGCGCUGUGGUACGUGCGCAUGACGUGGGCUUGGCUCCAAGCCAAGCGACGGAAUUUCCUCGCAGAUCCGGAUGAAAAUUCAGUCUACGAUGCGUUUGUGUCGUACAGCCAGCAGGACGCAGCCUGGGUAAUGCAGCAGCUUAUGCCUGAGCUGGAGUCACACUCAGUACCACCAUUCCGACUCUGCGUGCACGAGCGGGACUUUAUUCCCGGCCGCCAUAUCAUGGACAACAUUAUUGACUGCAUCGAGCUGAGCCGCAAGACUCUCUUUAUCAUCUCACAGAGUUUCGUGGAGAGCGAGUGGUGCCACUACGAGCUGUACUUCGCGCAGCAGCGCCUCAUUGAGAGCCGAGACGACGCUCUGGUGCUCGUUCUGCUGGAGCCCAUUCCACACAACUCGGUGCCCAGCCGCUUCUGCCGGCUGCGUUGCCUCAUGAAGCGCAAGACCUACCUGGAGUGGCCUGCACACCGCGGGAAGCAGGCCCUCUUCUGGGCCAACCUGCGAGCCACGCUUGGUCGACAGAAACAACAGGAACCCAAGAACGAAGCCAUUGCUUUGGCACCUCCAUAAAAGCCCGCCUGCAAAUUACAUUGCUGAUCCUAUUAUGCACAGAGGUGUAGAAGUCUUGAUUUGAAGCUUUCGUUACUGCAGGAAUUCAUACUCUCUAGUUCUUUCGGUAAAGUCACGUAUAUAGAAAAAGUUAUAAAAGAAACACGACGUUUCGGUCGAAACACAAGCG